AAAGAAUUUAGAUAAUAAGUAGGUACAUAAAAAAAUCUAUAUUAUUUAGGGGAUUUUAGGGGAAUUUAAAAAAUACUUAGGGGAAAAUUUUGGUAAGGGUUGGUAACACUGAAAUAUGCUACUGCUGAAACAUAGGAAAUACGACUGUCUAGAAAUGUAAUGUGCUAGAAAUAUUACACAUUACAAAAAACAAUAAAUAAUUAAAAAAAAAUACUAUAAAUUCCGAUUCUGAUCAGUUACACUGUGUGAUUUCGUAUCAUUUGAUUUCAAAAUGUGAAAUUAAAACAGCAAUAAAAUGACGUUGACAUAUCAGCAUAUGUUUGUUUUCUUUCUGUAAUUGCUAAUGAGUCUGUUUUCAAUUCAUAAAAGAACAAAAUAUUUAUUGAUGUAUUUAUUACUCGCCUAAAUAUACCUAGUGAUCAUGUAGAAGUGGUGAAAUGCUGUUGGAUUUAGUCCUUUAAGGUUUAUUAAAGAAAUGCAUUCUGGCCAUAUCCACUCUAUUGUUCUGCGCUCGUGCACUGACUGCACAAGAAGAGAAGAGGUAGACGAAUAAUGCAGAUUGAACUGAGAUACAAAGUUAUGAUCUUUAAUCUCCAUUCUAGAGAAUAACUUUGAGAAUUCACUACUUGAUUUAAUAUUGAAAGUGUUAAUCAAAGAAUACCGAACUUUAAACAAUGGAGAAAUCAUUAGAGGAUAAUUUAUAUCAAGCUAUUCUCAAACAAGAUCAAGAUAAAGUAUCACACCUUCUGUCAAAAGGUGCAAACCCAAAUAAGUCUGUUAGUUAUGGUAAAACUUGUUUGGGUGAAGCUGCAAAUAUUGGUAAUGUUUCAAUUGUCAAGUUGUUGAUUGAGGCUACCAUAUCAGAGAGUACUUUAAGCAAUCCCCGAAAUGUUGUAGCAAGAAAGCGGAACUAUAAAUCACAUAAAAGAAAAUAUAAACAUGAUUGGCAACCUGAAACAGUUGUUAAGUGUAAAAACAUGAAUGAGAAGAAAUUAAAAGAAUCUAAUGACACAGGCCAGUAUAAAAGUUUAGCUUCUAGACAAGAUGGUAGUAAGUUUGAGAAAAAUCAGGGUUAUUUUGUGUUCAUACAUAGUGAAGGAUCUAGUAGUGAUGAAAACAAAGUUCCUGGCUUGAAAUCUCCAACAAGCCCAUUGCCUUUGACACCAUCACCUCAAUCAGACUUGGAAUGGGAUGAAGAAAUCAACAGUGAUACACCAGUUGUCGGCACCAGUGAAGAUGAAACUUGGAGUUCAAUGUACAAGUGGUAUGCAGCUAUUUUGGAGAAUACUGGUGCAGCCAUAGCCUCAGCUUCAGCAGCUACAAACGGCAUAGACCAACAGGACACAUAUAUGAGGACUGCUCUUCAUUAUGCUGCGGAGCAAGGGCAUGAGGCAGUAGUUUGCUUAUUGUUGAAUGCUGGUUGCAAACUAGAUCUCACUGCUGGAGAUGGGUUGACACCACUACAUGUAGCAGCUAUUAAAAAUCACGGAGGAAUUGCUACAGAACUUUUGACUGCAGGAAGUUCUGUGAAUUAUAAAACACACGAAAAGACAACUGCAUUACAUUUUGCGGCUUCUAGGGGUUUCUUAGAAAUGGUAAAACUUUUAGUUAGUAAUGGGGCAUAUUUAGAGGCAAGAGAUACCAGUGAGCGUACACCAUUGUACUUGGCUGUAGUUCGAGGGCAUAUUGAUGUAGUGAAAUAUCUUAUUUCAAUGGGAGCUAAUGUUAACAGUGAACAGAUACAUGGAUACACACCACUCUGUGAAGCGGUUUGGCAGAGAUUUACAACAGUAGUCGAGGUUUUGCUAGCAGCUGGAGCUCGAAUCACACACUCCCAUAAACUUUUGCACAAUGCUAUUAUUCAAAGACAGGAAUUGAUAGUAAAAAUGCUUGCUAAUGUUGGUGGUGGGAUCAAUUUACACAAUGAUAAUGGUGAUACACCGUUGUUAUUAGCGGGGCGUGUAUCACAACCGAAUGUGGCACGCAUAUUACUUGAAAGAGGAGCAAAUGUUAAUGCAUGUAACAGCAUAACUGGUGCAAAUGUGUUGCAUAUAGCCGUUGAAAGUAUAGACUGUCCAGAAGAGUUCGAGGAAUUGUUGAUUUGCUUAUUAGAAUACAAUAUUGAUAUGAAUUCAACUGCCCUCACUGGAGACACUGCUUUGAAUAGAGCUUUAUUGUUACACAAAGACUGUGCUGCAGUACUACUUAUUCGCCAUGGUGCUGAUGUUAACGUUUGCGAUUUACAAUCAUGCGGUUUAGACAACUUGUCCAUUGCUGGCAGAAGACGAUCUCCGGACCUGGCUCGCCUUCUCAUUAAAGCUGGUCAUUGUUUGCCCAUGCUUGAAGCAGGUGUUGUUCCUAAGCCUGGUAGUUCGGUCUAUUGGCUUUAUUGCGCCUCGAAAGAGCCAUCAAACCUAUCAGAUCUAUGUAGAAUAAAAAUUAGGCACACACGUAAACAUAGAACUUUAUUAUCAUAUAUUAAUAGUCUACCAUUACCAAUGAGCUUAAAAAGAUUCCUGAUGAUGGAAAAUGAAUGUAUUUUUAACAGUUAGAAUUUGAAUAUGAUGAAAUAUUCUAAAUCAUAAUUUGUACAUAUUGAAAUAGGAUUUGAUGUUGUUGAUGAAUAAAACAAAAUUUUAAAAAUGUAUUAUUUAUUAGUGAUAUAAUAAACAAAAUAGUUUUUCUUACUAAACGUCUUACAAAGAUGACACUAAUAUAUAUUUAGUGCUGAAUACAAAAUCCUACAUACUAAUAAUAAAAAAUAUGACUGGAAAGUUUUUGUAAUUUUCUGAUAUACACUUAUUGCCCAAAAGAUCCUCAUUCUUGAUCCCAGUUAGUUGAAAUAAAAGAAAUAUUAAUCUACGACGUAUUUUAUAUCCUUUAAAAUUUUAUGAAAAAGAAAACUUAUAAAAAAUGGUCGCACUUUUCAUGCUCAGCUUUAGUAACAUUAAUUAUAAAUAAAAGCUUUGAAAUGAAAUGUUACUAAGUAGCUGCUGAAUAAAAAAAAAUGAGCGAGCCUUACAGUAGUCGCGUAUGAUGUGUAACAUUUGAAAUCUCACCUUUUAUUAGUAAAAAAAAAAAAAGAAAUAAAACCUACUACAAAAGGAAUAAUCCAUUUGAACAUUAUGUUCUAAAAUCAAAUCAAAUAGCGCGCGCUUUCGCGACUUACUGUUACACACUUCCAUCCCAUUUCACGAAAUCACUCCCACAAAUUGCAGGAAAGCGAGAGGAAAGAUGUUACACAUCAAAAAAGAACAUAUAAAAUACAUUUCAUAUUAUCAGUGAUAGUACAUGUCGCGGCAAGUGACUUUAGCGCUGAACAAAACGCGGAGGGGAUAGCUGUGCAUGCAUGGGUACAACUGGACAGCCAAUCGGCGCAACGCACGCCCACCCGCGCACCUGGUUUCCCCCAAGACAUCUUAAUUUUUACUUCUGCGCAAUAACGGUCAGCGCUAGAGUUUCGUGGCGCGACUUAUAAUCUGACUUUUUUAAUAAUUAUGUAUUAUUGGAAACCAAUUUGUAGACAGACCUGCUGAGUGUGGUGUACGAAAUAUAAAUCAGAUUUUUUUAUAUAAUAUAGCCAUAGGUGGGUAUUACCAUCAAUAUCUUAAUAACACAUACACUAAAAUAAGAAAUAUAAUGGACAAAGUAGGUUUUGAUACUGAAAUAAAAGAUUAAAUGAACUUUGACAAUUUAUUAGAGUAAUAUUUUUUAAGACCUCACAAGUGUAUAAAAUGAAUUUGAUGGAAAAUGUUGCCAUAUAAGGGCUAAAGAUUUUAAUAUUAAUUAAAAAAAUCGGAGGUCCUAAACUGAAUCAAUAAAAUUAUCAUAACUCUAUUGCAAAUAUUUAUUUUUAAAAUUAAUAUACAUUAUGUUAAAGUUUAUAGACUUGAUUUCAGUACCAAGCUCUAAAGUAAAAAAAAAACUUUUUAUUGUAAACAUGAUAUGGAUGAUUUAACACAGUAAGUACCUAUAUUGAUUGUAUUAUUAUUAACUAUAAUAUCAUUACAGUUUUAAAGUUUAGUACUUUUAUAUUGAGGGAAGACCACCCUUCAUUAUUAGAGAUGAUGCUAGUAUAGUCUGCUAAAAUGCUUGAAAUAUCAAGUCCCAAUAAAAAUCACGCUUUGCUAACCCAGCAGCAUUGAAGCAGUCAUACAAAGCAAAUGUCUGAUUGGCUUCUAAAUUAUUCUGAAACAAAAUAUAACUACUUCUUUUGUAGUUUUUAUUUAAGCUUGACAAGUGUUUUGACAUGGAAAUGCAUUUUUAUAGAGACCAGAAUUUCCUGCUGAAUAUUAUAAUAGUUAUUAUUUACAUAUCUAGUUAAAAAUAAAUUUAUAUAAUAUAAAUGAACAAGCAACAUAACAUUAUAAAUCUCUUAUUUUUAACAGAUAAUCCAUUAUCAAUACAGGACUAGGUGGUCCUUAGACAAAAUAACCAAAGCAAAAAUAAUCUGUGUUAACAGAUAACAAUUAUGUUUAUGUAAUUUAUUCAUAUUAUAUGGAGGAUGUUAUAAAAGAUAGUUGUCUCAGCCAAUAAUUACAGACCAAUAUGUUAUGGCAACAAUAUAAUAUAAUAAAUAGGACCAUUGAGAUUGGUGCAUUUGUAACUUGAAUUAUAAUAAAAAAAAUAUCUGGGACCAGGUAAAAUUAAUGAAAAUUUUAACAAAGGACCACCUAAAGCUACGAAACUAAUAUAUUAAAAUCUAAGUAAGCAAGUUAAAUUUCUCAAUUAAGAUAUGUAUAAUAAAUUAUUACUAAUGAAUAAUAAAUAACACCUUCCAGACUCCCAAGUACGUAGGCAUUUAAAUACUUGAGGUCCUUUAAGGCCUGCUUAUAUAGAAUAUCUUACUAUGCAUAAGAUAGAAUUUAUUUUCCCAAAAUAUGAUUGAUCGCACAUAAGAGCAUGUAGCCAACAAUAUUAAAUACCAAAGAUACACCGCGUGCGCUAAAACUGUGUACCAAUCAAAAGUGCUUGAACACUACUUAAGCACUACUUGGUUCACAGUCACUUUGGGACCGGACCGCUGAAAAGUCAAAAUGCCACGCCAAAAUACUUAUAGUACUUAAACUGUAAUUUUUUGAACAGGUAUCUAUUCAAUGUUUGUUAAUUUAACACAUUUGAAGCAAACUUUGUUCUAAUACUUACUAUAAAUGAUUCAAUAGAAAAUAUUUCUGAUAUUUAAAUUAGACGCAACGAAUAGUAUAUUCGGUAGUAUACCGAAUAUUCGGCGAGGCCCCUGACCGAAUAGCCGAAUAUUAGGCAAAAGUAUUCGGCUGGAUUUUAGCGCCAAAAACUUGUACAGACGAGAUUGUUUCGCGCUCCUUUGUUUUGUUCUAAUGUACUCAUCGACCGCGCGCCCGCUGUUGUUCUGAUCUUUUCUUAAAUAUUAGUAAUAUAUCACGUCAUGACAACCCGUAUACAUGGUGGUGGUGGUACAUGGCAAGGAAAUUUGAAUUUCCGUGUUUGAUUUAGAUUGCAGCAAAAUAUUUGUCGACGCCAGGAAGAAGUGUUUAUUCAGAGCGCCUUUUCUCUGAAGCUGGGAUGGUCUACGAGAAAAAAAGAAAUAAAGUACUUCCUAAAAAUGCAGAAAAGUUAGUCUUUCUGCACCAUUCCCCUUCUAAAUUUUGAUUAUAAAAAUAAUUCAAAUGCAUAGAAAAAUUCUUAACUUGUUUAAUACCCGGGCAUGUUUAACGGUUAAUUUACAAACCUAAAUCAGUAUCAAAUACAUUAGGAGCGUUUUAUUUAGGUUUAGCUCUACCUUAACGGUUUUCCUAAAAAGUGAAAUCAAACAGGUUUUGAAUCAAUUUAGCGGUUUUUAAAGGGUUUCAUUUCGCUUUUACUGACGGCAUCGCCUUCGACGUUUCAAUUCAAAUUUAUAAUGAGUUUAUGUCAGUUUCUUUCCAACCACGGAGCGAGUGAGUGAAGUAGUGUGUCAGUACACAACUACAAAAUGAAUAACUUGACUCACUAGAUGCUAGCAAACAUGUCAAUAAAUGCAUCAAUCUCGGAGCAUUUAACAAGUUGUGACUUGAUUAGUUCAAAACAAUCUUCAAGCGAUGCCGACGCGUGCACGUGUUGCUCUGGAUUAAACCGCACUCCGAACGAAACCUUUACUAAAAACCGGUAUUAAUCUUUAUUUACCGGUAUUUUUGAAACCGGUUACAAGUCCUGUUUAAUACAGAAAAUGAUUAAAUUAUGUACCUGUUUUAUAUACCAAUGACUACUUAAUAAAUGAUUAUAAAGGAAAUUAGAACCUUACCCUUCUAAAUUUUGAUUACCACAAUAAUUCAAAUACAUAGAAUCCUUCAUUUUUCCAAUUCAGAAGAUGAUAUUAUGUACCUGUGUACCAAUGACUACUUAAAUGAUUAUAUUAUAUAACAGAAAUGAAAAUAUGAAAACAUACACUAUCAAUCGAUUUUAAUUUUUCAUUUUACCAAUUAUUUCUCUAUGACAAAAUAUAUUAUUUAAGUAUUCGGUAUUCGGCCGAAUAUAAUAAAAGCAGCCGAAUUGGCCGAAUACCGAAUAGUAACCAAAUAUUUGUUGCAAGUCUAAUUUAAAUGCAUGGUCGGUUGUAUAAUCCUCUCUUUUCCUCACGCGGCGUACUUGCUAUAUUGCUAACAGUGCAUCAGAAUUGCGCAUAGAGUCAAAGAAAUAAGGUUUAUAUUCUUCCACAUAUAGCAAUGUCGUAAAAUUUUAUGAGCUUGUAUUUCGAACUGUCAUAACUCUAUGACGCAUGUGUUUUAAUUAAGACCUUAUACACUAACAUUAAAGGUGACUUUCAAUGUUUAAAAAUGCCUUACACUGUUUUUGACUAUACGAUCAUCUUAUGGAGCUAAGUCGAUCGUCCAAUGUACAUUAUGGGCAGGUUUUGGCCACUAUUUUGUUUGUGUUGUUAUAUCUAGGGUACUUAAUAUUGUUGCAUGUAGCAGCCAAUCAAAAAAGGGCAUUAACUGAAUGUAUGAAAAGUCCCAAAUAAGCAUUAUCUGUUGUCUACAUUAAAUAUAAUAACGACAACUUCACAGUAAAGCUAAAUAAAUAAUGUCUGUAAGGUGUAUUUAACUGCUCAAUAUUCCUAAAUAUAAUAAUACAACUUACUGACUUAAAACUGCACAGUUGCCUUUGUUAUCUUUAAUAAGGCGAAGAUUUGGAGAAGCAUUGAGUAAAACAGAAAUUAAAUCAUCUCUUUUGUAUUCAACAGCCCUGUGGAGGACAGUUUGACCAUCAACAUCUUGCAUAUCGAUUGAAGCUCCAGAUUCGAUGAGAAAUUUGACUGUGGCUAUUUUACCUCCAGUAACAGCUUUAUGCAAAGGAGUAGCCUUACCACUCCUUGUUUGUGCAUUGAUGCAGGCUCCAUUUCGUAACAGAGUCUGGCAAAUAUCAACAUGGCCAUUUCUUGCUGCAUAGUGCAAAGCAGUAUAACCUGAAUUAUCUUGUGUAUUGACUGUUGCCACUCUGUUUUUUGACUUUUCUAUCAAGAGUUCAACUCUUUCUUUGUCUCCAUUAAAAGCUGAAAACCAGAUGCCUCUUUCCCAGUCCAUUUCAGAUAGUGUUUGUGAAAGAGAUUGAUUUGACAUUGCUGCUGUGCAUUGGGCAUGAUUACAUACACUUCUAUGAUCCAUUUUACAAUAAAAGCUUGUGCCGUUAAAUAACAUUCAAAUAUUAAAACAGUGUAGGACAAGAACAUUAAACUUUUGAGUCCAAGCAAAUAUUGUUAAUAAUUAAAAUUCCUUUUGCAUAGUCCAUGUGAUUUCUGACUCUCCAGUACUGGAAAUUAUUUUAUAUCCCAGUUGACUAAGUGAGUUUAUGGCAGUAAGCACAUUAGCACUGAUAGAAAAGCCAUUUAUAACUGGUUCAUACUUUUUGGCAAGACCUUUUACUUCUUCUUCGUCUAAACCAAACACUGAACAAUCUGUUGCAUGUAAUGAUCCUUUGAUUGCAAUGUAAGCAAUUCCUCCUAUCUUGGCUAAGGGUUCAAAGGUUAAAGUACCUGAUGUAAAUUUUGGACUACUUUUUGUAUCCAUAUUUAAAAAUUCAAUCAAAAAAAUAAAUUUGUCAAAAAACAGAAUGAUUAUUUUAAUGAAGUUUAAACCUCAUCAUCUUUUGCCGGGUGCUGAUAGUUUCCGAGGUGCAUAGCCUCUUUACUGAAGUUUGUAAUGUUGUCCUGCUCAACAAUUAUAGAUGGUUCUGGUUCUGAGAAUUCCUUUCUCAUAGUCCACAUGUACUCAUUAUAGUCCUGUUUCACAGCUGUUGAACUAGAGGCCACAACCUUGUAACCCAAUACCUACAAUGCACUUAAAAUAACACAGGGAUGUUGUAGGUAGACAAUAGUGGAGUCGUCGCAGUAUCCUCCACAGGCAAAUCUUUUGAGCUGCUCUAUGUCGCCAGCUUUCAAGCCGGACACUAAAACGCGCCACGGGUUUUUAUGCCCAUACGAUGCAAGAUUCCCCCUUAUCAAAAUGUAUGGCAUUGAUUACGGAUGUUUAAAAAACUUCCACGUUCCUGAGUUUUUACGUUUGCUAUUUAAAUCUCAGAUUUUAACAAACAAAAUUUUGCUCAAUUUUCUUGCGUAGCAUCAACUCAAUCAGCUUUUUUUUUAAAUAUUCUCCCUUUUUAGAGAAGGCAAGGGGAACUAAAGCCCAUACAGCCUCGUCUUUAGUUUGUUUAUUUUAUAUUGAAGAAUAAUUAUAAUGAGCAAGAGCAACAAGACAACACAAUACGUCAAUAUAUUUUUAGUAGAUAACUCUAAUGUGAAGACAAAAGAAACUAAGCUCACGCAGCCUCUACCGUUACUCAAUUUUCUUACAACAACUCGGUCAGUCUGCAGCUCUGUGUACUGUGUA